AUGGGACAGGGCAACACAUGCAGCCCCGCCCCAGGUGAUUCACAGGAGCUGAGGAUUGUGCUGCUGGGAGUCUGUGGAGCUAGAAAGAGUUUAACAGCAAAUGCAAUACUGGGUCGAGAGGCAUUUAAAGAGAGCAGAACCAGAGAGACUGAGAAAAAGACAGGAAGAGUAGAAGACAGAAACAUCUCCAUCAUCGACACGCCAGGAUUCUUCAACACUCAACUGACAGAUGAAGAGAUGAAGAAUGAGAUGAUGAAGAGUCUGUAUCUCUCUGAUCCUGGUCCUCAUGUGUUCCUGCUCGUCAUCAACCUGGAGACCUUUGAAGAGGAUGAGAGGAACGUUGUGGAAGAAAUUCUGGAGAAUUUUGGAGCUCAAGCUUUGAAGUUCACGAUGGUGCUGUUCAUUGGAAGAGAACAAAUGUCGAAAAGAGACCUGACAGCUUUUACAUUUACUCAAAAGUUUCAAGAACUAGUCAGUCACUGCAGAAGUAAAUAUCAUGUGAUCAACAGUAAAAAUGAGGUGAAUCAAUCUCACAUCACAGAGCUUCUAGAGAAGAUUGAUGAAAUUAUCAAACAGAAUAAUGACCAGCAUUAUGAUCAUGAGAUUUACUUACAGUAUCAAACAAAGAGCAGGAAAGAAAGGAAUAAACAAGGAGAGAAGAAUGGAAGAACAAAUGUCCAAGAGACGAAACAAGAGCAGAUGAUAGUGCAGGACAAGAUUCGCAAGUACACUGUAAAAGAAAAGGAUACAACAAAUGUUGUGACUGAAAAGAAAAAUUGUGUUUCUCAUGUGACAAAAAUUGAGAAAACUGAAUUAAAUGUAGACAUACACUCUAGAGAUCCACAAGAAAACAAGGAUGAUGAAGAAGAGGUGGUCAAACCAUCAGCAAAAUCACUGAGAAACUACUUUGAACACAAGGGAGAAACAAAUACAGUCCAGAAACCAGAAAAAUACAGAAGAAGAAAAUGUGACCAGAAGAAACAACAGACAGAGACAGAACAACAUCCAACCCAAACAGUCUCAGAGUGCAUCCAGACCAAACACACAAAACCUGGCAAGUGCACAGAUCUCAGGAUCGUGAUGGUGGGGAAAACUGGAGCUGGAAAGAGUGCAUCAGGAAACACCAUCCUGGGAGAAAAGAUAUUUGUAGAAAAAUUCUCGACUGAAUCUGUGACUAAAACAUGCCAACAGCAUCAGCAGAAAACAGGUCGAUUAAUCUCAGUGAUAGACACUCCAGGACUGUUUGAUACAUCAAUCAGUGAAGAACAACUGAAGAAGGAGUUAGUGAAGUGUGUAGAAAUGUCUGUUCCUGGUCCUCAUGCAUUUCUGCUGGUCAUCAGACUGGAUGAGAGAUUCACAGAUGAAGAGAAAAACACAGUCAAGUGGAUUCAGAAGAACUUUGGAGAAGAAGCUGCACGUUACACCAUCGUUCUGUUCACUAGAGGAGAUCAGUUAGAAAAGGAAAAACUAACUAUUGUGGAGUUUCUGACAGAAAACAAGCAGAUUGGAGAGCUAGUUGAACAGUGUAAAGGGCAUUAUCAUGUGUUCAAUAACACAAAAGAAAACAAUCCAUCACAGGUCACUGAACUGAUGGAGAAAAUCGACAGAAUGAUGAAGGAGAACGGAGGAGAGCAUUACACUAAUGAGAUGUACCAGGAAGCUCAGAGAAAAAUAAGGCUGAAAAAGAAACGACUGUUGGAAGAGCAACAGGAAUGGAAGAUCCAUGUCUUCAAACAAGUAUAA